AUGUGUCGAAGCCUUCUAGAUGAGCUAGUGGAUUGUACACGGCAGCAUACAGUGACGAUUGGAUUUGCUUGCUCUGAGCCCAACAAGAAAGUACAGGACUGUCUAAAGCAAUACUCGACAGAGCAAUGGAAAGACAAGUUCCGUGAGGAUGAGCUGCGAUUAAAAAAAGAGUUUCUGAUCGCAAAUGGCAGAUGGCCUUCACAGUAUCAGACAUCAGGCCACAUUGUGGAAUAA